UAUGCACACACAUAUAUGUACAAAAACGUAGUUGCAAGAUCGAUGCAUUAAUUUAAGUAAUUUACUAGAUAUAUAUUGGCAGGAACAUAUAAAUAGCGGCGAGCGGUGGCGGCAUAUCUAUUCAUGGCGGAGAAUAAUCUUCAGAUUGUUCCGGCAGAGACAUCAUCCAGCAGAAGCAAAGUGGAAGCCCAAUAUGUAGAAAUGAUGGUUCCUCUCUAUUCUCACGGAUGCGUGAGGAAGGUCAAGAACGCCUUAUCCCACAUUAGAGGAAUAUACUCGGUGAAUGUGGAAUUUAAUGAGCAGAAGGUGACAGUGUGGGGGAUAUGCAACAAAUAUGAUGUUUUGUCAACAAUUAGGAAAAAGAGGAAAGAUGCCCAGUUUUGGAAUCCUGAAGACAACGACGACGACGUUGAACCAGAAGGAGGCGGGGAAGAACAAGUACUAUCCCAGUCAUCGACGACGAAAGUAUCAUCAUCGUUUCUAAAACGUCGUCGUUCAGCCCAACCAUUGGCUUUGCUUAGGUCUCGCUCGCUAAUAAGUUGGAAAUUAUCUCUUAAAAAAGUUUUUUCCAGGACUCACUCAUUUUAAAUUCGUCAUGAAUGUGUGUUGUUUAAUAAUGUACAUUUAAAUGAGUAUGUUCUAUUUAUUUGUAAUUAACAAAUGAUGUAUUUAUAAUCUGC